CCGGCCGCCAUUUUGUAGCGCAGAGCCCCCGCGAAUAAAGAGCGGGCGGGAGCGGCGCGCGGGGACGCGCGGCCGGCAGGAGGACGGGGAGGGGGGAACGGGACGCGGCGCGGCGGCGGCUACGACCACAGCCACCCGCAACGGCGGCGAUCCCCGGCCUCCGGAGCGGCGGAGCCCCGCUGGAGCCGGCUGCGAGGCGCGGCGGCGUUUCGCCCUCGAUGUGACGGGCGCGGCCCGGGCAGCUAGCGUGCUGGGAGAGCGGCGCCUCCGCGCCGCGGGCCGCAGAGUUCACAAUGACGAAUGAAGAACCUCUCCCGAAGAAGGUUCGCCUUAGUGAAGCAGAUUUUAAGGUUUUGCCUAGAGAUGAGCUUAUCCUAAGGUGGAAACAGUAUGAAGCAUACGUGCAAGCUUUGGAGGGCAAGUACACAGAUCUUAAUUCUAAUGAUGUGACGGGAUUGAGAGAAUCUGAAGAGAAGUUGAAACAGCAACAGCAAGAAUCUGCCCGAAGAGAAAAUAUUCUGGUCAUGAGGCUGGCAACUAAAGAACAGGAGAUGCAAGAGUGUACUUGGGCACCACUGAGAAGAGCCUGGCUCCGCCUUCUUUACCCCCCCCAUCAGAAUCAGAUUCAGUACCUCAAGCAAGUCCAGCAGCCUAGUGUUGCCCAACUGCGAUCAACAAUGGUAGACCCAGCCAUCAACUUGUUUUUCCUAAAAAUGAAAGGUGAACUGGAACAGACUAAAGACAAACUGGAACAAGCCCAAAAUGAACUGAGUGCCUGGAAAUUUACGCCUGAUAGCCAAACAGGCAAAAAGUUAAUGGCGAAGUGUCGAAUGCUUAUCCAGGAGAAUCAAGAGCUUGGAAGGCAGCUGUCCCAAGGACGUAUUGCACAGCUUGAGGCAGAGUUGGCUUUACAGAAGAAAUAUAGUGAGGAACUUAAAAGCAGUCAGGAUGAGUUGAAUGACUUCAUCAUCCAGCUUGAUGAGGAGGUAGAGGGUAUGCAGAGUACCAUUCUAGUUCUUCAGCAGCAGUUGAAGGAGACUCGCCAGCAGUUGGCGCAGUACCAGCAGCAGCAGUCCCAGGCCUCCAACCCAGGUACCAGCAGGACUCCAUCUUCUGAGCCUACAGACCAGGGAGAGGCUGUGGGUAAAGACUGCAGCCGCCUGGCAAACGGACCAAGCAAUGGUAGCUCCUCCCAUCAGCGGACGUCUGGGCCUGGAUUUUAUAGGGAGGGUAGCAGCACGGAAGAUGACUUCCCGGCUUCUCCAGGGAAUGGUAAUAAGCUGUCCAACCACUCUGAAGAUAGAACUGGUAGAGGAGGUGGUAGCUACAUAAACCAACUCAGUACUGGGUAUGAAAGUGUAGACUCUCCCACUGGCAGUGAAAACUCUCUCACUCACCACUCAAAUGACACAGACUCCAAUCAUGAUCCUCAAGAGGAGAAAACAGUGAGCAUGAAAGGUAACAGAACUGUGGGUUCUCGUCAUGUCCAGAAUGGUUUGGACUCCAGUGUAAAUGUGCAGGGUUCAGUUUUGUAACAUUUUUCUGCAACAUUUUUAUACAGUGUCAUUUAAAUUGGGAGAGGAUACUGUCCAGAAGCCGUUUAAAUUAGUGCAUACUUGUCACAAUUUUUGCCUUUUUGUGGGUUUCUUUUUGCUUCAAUACCUCUGCCACUUUGGAAAUUUUAACAGUUAAUUACGUUGAAUGUUGCUAAAAAGACGUUUGUGUAGCUCAAGUUAUUUUUAUAUGAGUUAAUGUGAAGUUGAAAUGGAAAUUAUUUCCAUAAAGUAUAACAUAAAUGAUGUCUGUACAAAUCUGUGUAUAUCUAGAACCUGUGCUGUGUAAGGGCAUUCUUACUCAUACUGUUAUACUCACACCACCUUCAAGAUUUGUCAUAAUAGCUGUGGGUUUAUGACUGCCAAGUUUGCCCAGUACAGUAGUUUUAUCACUAAAAGAUGGACUUACUGAAGGAGUCCUGUAGUAGUUCCAGUGUUAAUUACAGUUUUUCCCACCAUACAUCUGUGCAUUUUCUCCUUAGGUGACCGAAUGUUUAUGGAUUGUGUGCAUAGUUACUCAGUUUUUAAGAACUGUUGUAUCCUGUUUAUGCAUAUUGCUCUGUGACUCCAAUAUUAUCUUACCUGUACUGACCAAACCUAAAUAAAAACUUUUAAUAAUGUAA